CAGCGCAUUUCCGAGUGUCCCGUAUAUAUGAUCUCAAUAGAGUCAGUCUUGCUUGUCGUCUAGGAGGAAGGUGUGAACUUACCUACAGAGGCUUGGGAGGUGUACUUGUUUACAUAUCAACAUUUCGAAGACGAUUGCAUGGCGUCUCCAUUUGUGAAAGAGCGUCUAUGCCCGUUGUCUCCUGCCCGGCAGCCUCCAUGUUACGCCGACCGCUUCAUUCCUAGCCGCGUGGCUACAGAGCUCGUCGGUCGAUUUGCGUCGCUCACGUCUUUCGGUUCCGGAUCGGAGGAGACCCAAGAGAACGUCUCGAUCGGAAAAGACAGCGGUGGAGACAUUGCUAGCGCGCGCGAGCGCCGGGUGUACACCUCGCUUCUGCGCAAUGAAGUACUCGGCGAGGUCGCUUCGAAUGUCAGAGGGGCAGAGAAAGUGAAGAAGGAUGAAACUGGAAGUUCUAAAAUGCUGAGGUAUCGAUCACCAAUCAAAUCACAAUCAUCGUGGUCGCCUUACUCGCUGUCACCCGUCAGUAAAAGCAGCCAGUGGCUCCUUCUUUCACCAAGGAAAUCGGCUAGGAAGAUACCAAAGGCACCUUUUAAGAUUCUCGACGCUCCUGAUUUACAGGACGAUUUUUAUCUGAAUUUACUCGAUUGGUCAUCGCAGAAUGUCCUUUCUGUCGGUUUGGGAUCGAGCGUCUACCUUUGGAAUGCGUGCUCUAGUCAAGUGACGCGCCUUCACGACUUAUCGGCUCAACAGGACGAAGUCGCAUCGGUUGCGUGGUCGGAUAAGGGGCACACGUUGGGAAUCGGCACCAAACGUGGGUACGUCCAACUGUGGGAUGUCGAUGCCGAGAAGCACAUUCGGACUAUGUCGGGCCACACUUCGAGAGUCGGCGCUCUGGCUUGGAAUUCUGAUUCGCUCGUCUCGGGAAGUCGAGAUCGACGGAUUUUCUACCGGGAUACCAGAAGUCCGGACAUGUUUCUCUCGUUUCUUACGGCACACACGCAAGAGGUGUGCGGUCUCAAGUGGUCUCCCGACCGGCAGCACUUCGCAUCGGGAGGAAACGACAACAAGUUGUAUGUAUGGAAUGCAGGGCAAGUGUCAUCGGGCGUGUCGUGUCAACCGGAACGUAAGUACACGGAACACGUGGCGGCAGUGAAGGCAAUAUCAUGGUCUCCUCAUCAGCAUGGAUUAUUAGUAUCCGGAGGCGGAACGACCGACCGGUGCGUUCGAUUUUGGAACACGCUGACGGGUCAUAGUCAGUCGUUACAAUCAGUCGACACCAACUCGCAGGUAUGUAAUCUUGCGUGGUCGAAAAACGCGAACGAGCUUGUCAGCACGCACGGAUAUUCACAGAAUUUCAUCGUCCUGUGGAAAUAUCCAUCAAUGGCACAGAUGGCUAAAUUGACUGGUCACACGACGCGUGUUCUGUAUCUUGCGAUGUCACCGGACGGGCAAUCGAUUGUGACCGGAGCCGGUGACGAGACGCUCCGAUUCUGGGACAUCUUCAAUAAGACACGAUUACAUCGACACACCACCUCGGCACUGGACCUGACCGCUUACAUUCGUUAGUAUGUACAUACUUGUGAAUUUUACUCUCCCACUUUCCAUUCCUUGUAGUGGCAUUAUCGUGUCAAUUCAAUUUUUUGAGACAUUAAUCUUCAGACUCGAGUUCUAU